AUAUUGCCAAACAAGCCACAGCUGCGUUAAACCUUGAACAAGUGAUCCAACAAGAAACGGCAACAAGAGACCUACAAGAUGACGCUGCUCGUCUUAAGUCUUAUUUGGUUGCGUAUUGUGGCAACACAAACAUCUUCGACAGGCACUUGGGCGGUUCAACUACAGGGAGGAGAGAAGGAGGCAAAUGUUCUCGCGGACAAAAUGGACAUGGUUUAUGUCAGACAUGUUAUUGAAGAUUACUACCUCUUCAGAGAAAGGAAUGGCAUUAGGCGUAAUGUAGACCAAAGAGGUGCACUGCUGCGUGCGGAGUCAAAGGUGGAAUGGUUCCAACAGCAAAUGCCUCGCCCAAGACACCUCUACACCUCCGAGGACACCACUGCCAUCUGUACACCUAACAACCAGACCUAUCCUGUACCACAUUUCAAUGACGAACAUUGGAUGAACAACCUGCAAACUUACUUGUACUGCGGAAACGUUCACAUGAACGUGCUGCCGGCGUGGGUUAGAGGCUACUAUGGUCAAGGGGUUGUAGUUGGUGUGGUCGAUGACGGCAUAUUCUUGGAGAAUCCCGAUCUUAUGCCUAACAUUGCCGAAGGUCUGUCAUACAGUGUCGUCGAUGACUCCUUGGACCCAACACCAUCAGCUGCUGUUUUCAGCCAUGGCACCAGAUGUGCAGGAAUAGUUGCCGCGAAAGCAAACAACAACUUCUGUGGCGUUGGAGUUGCACCUAAAGCCAAAAUAGCAGGAAUGAAGCUAUUUGUUGGUGCCUCAGCUGACCUUACAGACGCUGAAGAAGCCCUGGCCUUAAGUCACAGCUACAACGACAUCAGUAUCUAUUCCUGCAGCUUCGGUCCUUCUGACUACAACAACGUACUAGAGGGCCCUGACACUCUUACCUAUGCCGCGAUGAAAUUGUCGGCUGAAAAAGGCCGAAAUGGGAAAGGAUCAAUCUACAUGUUUUCCGCCGGCAAUGGCGGGAAUUACGGUGACAGCUGUGCCUACAACGGUUACAUCAACAACAUCUACGCCAUCGGUAUCAGCGCAGUACUGACGGACGGAAGUCUUGCGAGGUACGACGAGGCGUGCACCAGCAUAUUCGGAGUUACCUACAGCAGGCAAUAUGAUGACAAUACAACCUUGGUAAAUAUCUUAUUAUGA